CAUCCAUCCCUCCUUGUCUGCCUGGUGUUAAGGGAGUCCUACUCCUAAAUGUCUGGGGACCAGGAGCCCCCACCCCUGCAAAGGCCCCAAUGUCCAGGGCAGAAUCUGCCUUUGAUCUUUUGAUACCAAGUUUUUCAGUUAUGGACAACAUUCUAAACGGUUUCAGAACUUGAAAGAGCAGUUUCCACGGCACCCCGUUCAAAGAUCACCACUGUUCAGGUGCAUCUUGGAUGAUCUGACCAAGCCAGAUUCAGUCCUUGAGUCUCGAAGAGAGAGAACCAUAUUCUGGUCUUCGUCUUCAGAGAUCACCAGCCAUAUUCAAGUCUUGUGAUUCAGGUCAGAAACUCAUUUGAAAGAGCUGGAGAGCUAUUCUUUGUUGAUAUCUGUCCCCUGUUGAAUCCCAUCCAUCACAGGUCUGGUCCCCAUUCCUUGGCCUGCCUUGUGACUGACCAGGAGUGCUUCUGUCUUGUCUGGAUCACACCUCAUUUUCUUUGCCCUCAUCCAGUCCAUUCCUGCCAACAGAAGAUUUAAUCUUGACAUGUGUUACAGCAGGCUACCCAAUUCUGUGGGUCAAGUAGGGCAUGGGGCCAUUUGUCAUAGAAAACAUUUUUUAAAAAAAAAAACAGAAGGGUUUAACUAUGUAUCACAAUUUUGCUGAAACAGAGGGGAGGUUCCCAUGUGAGAUAACGUGCAUGUGCCUAACUCCUAACUCUUGUUUCAUUAUCCACAGAUUUCUCAGCAUGGAGAAGUGGCUAAGACAGAAAAUGGGCUUGGCAGAAGGCAACUUCCCAGACGCAGCCCGGCUUGUUCAUCUUGCUUACAUCCGUCUGAUUGCCUUCAUCUUUAUGGCGAUCGGCUGGGCCCUGUGCCUUAUGGCAACAGGAGGGGAGGAAUGGCGGGUAUGGGAUCCCAGGCCUGGCACCGGUAUGGAGAAGAUGUGGAUCGGCAUCUGGGGAGUUUGUUUUGUGGGACCUCCUCCUCCAGACAAGCCCAAGGUGAUGCAAUGCCUGGAAUUCCAGGAUGAACAUUUUUCCCUCCCAACGGAGAUUUUCAUUGCCCAGGACCUGAUGCCUUUAGCUAGUAUCCUUGCCUCCUUAGCUCUAGCUUUCGUUUCUUUUACUUUGUGGAACCUUUACCACAAAGGAAGACCAAAAAACUUUUUGCUUAUUUUUUUGUGGGUUGGGGGAAUUCUCAGUUUACUUUCAGGUGCCGUCAGUCUUAUCCCACUUUUGUGGAAUAUGCACUCUGUAAUAGUAAAUGAAGGGAUUGUAUUCCCUGAAUCUUUUCAUUUGCCUUAUCUUCCUAAUGAGCAGAAUAUUGGUUUUGCCAUUUAUGCGGGGAUUGUUGCUUCAGGGUUCCAACUAACAAGUUCAAUCCUUAUUCUUAGUGAGAAAUGUUGCUUUAAGUCCAAUAGAGUUCAUCCAAUAGUUAUGGUCAUGCCGCAGCAGUCCAGCUCUGACACUGAACCCUGUCCCAAGUGCGGAUCAGCCUUAUCUCUUCAAAAAUACACAUCUGGAGAACAGCUUUUUAAUAUUUAAAAGGCAUAUAUGCAUGGAUAUAAAUAUUUUAAACAGUAGCUGUUUUUCUUGUGUGUUGAUACCAAAAAUUACAAUCAGCUGCUUCUCUUUUCACUUUUGUUCUAAAUAUGUUUAAAUGUAGAAUGAAUGGAUUACAACUCAAGAUAUUAAAAAUUAAUUGUGACUUUGUUUUGAA